GAUCAUCGCUGUUUGUCGUGUGAACAAAAUAUUUCACUUUUGACUUUUGCAGUGUGUGUUGGUCUAAUCGCUCGUUUAUACCUGCUUUCCGAAGUGAAAAAAAUUUAUUUGUAAUCACAAAACAACUCAAUUUUCUUCUAAUUUGGUGUUAAUAAAGCAGUUGUCGCUGUAGAGCGUCCAAAUAAAUACUUGAACCAGCAAUAAAGCGCAAACAAAGUCCAAAAAUUUCUGGUCGGAACUACCAAUAUUAGUGAAAAUGACUCGUGGAAAUCAAAGAGACCUGGCUCGUGCUAAGAACGCGAAGAAACAAAAAGACUUGACUAAAGGCGUUCGUACGGACAAUUUGACGGUCGAACAGCGUAAAGCACGAGAUGCUGAGGUAAUGAGAGAGAAGCAGAAAAAGAAGGAGGAAGACGCAGCGGCUGCUGCCGGGAAAUGAUAUGCGAAACAGGCAAUACCGUGUGUGUUAGUGAGUGUGCGAGCUCAACAUAGUUCAUCAAUUUUCCAAUGCUUUACGCGUUUCAUAGCAUAGUCGAAUUCUGUUUAAGAUAAUUUUCAGUAAAAUUGCGAUUCUCUUUUUUAUAAAAAUUUAAUUUUUGCAAAAUAAACCACGUCAACACUACACACACCAAAACCUGAUAUUUUUUUAAUUAUUAAAACAAUUUAUAACUUUUGUUAGACAUAUUUUGAUUGUCUUUGUACAUUUACCAAUAAAUCAAUU